CCCUCUUUCACUCUCCUUCUCUUCCUCAUACUCACUCGAAGCUCGCUCACUCCCUCAUACCACUGCUCCCUUUAAAGCAGGGAAUAACGACGGGGCGGAGGCAGUAUUGGAUUGAUUUGGCCGCGGUGCGCAACGUCAAUGGUCCACACCUGGAUGUGAGUUUGACGGAAAGGUUAAGGAGAGGUUGCUAUGCCAACAGAGCCUGGCCCUGAGUCAGAGGUGAAGAACGCAGCAGAAGUGUCCUCCCAGCAGAAGGGGGCAGCAGCAGGCAUGCAGGACUCUGCUUCAGACGGCAAGAUGGCUAAACAGGACCAGGACUCCAAACUAAUCGACGACCACAGGGAAACAGACGACGUGUCAGAGAAGACCACCCCAUGCAAGACCCCCAAGUCCCCUCAGAAGACUUCCAAACGGCCAAAGACUGUUCCCUUCAAGGUCACCCUACUGGACACCUCUGACUAUGAGGCGGGGAUUGAGAAGCACUGCAAAGGACAGGCCCUGCUGGACAAGGUGUGUGAGCACCUCAACCUCCUGGAGAAGGACUACUUUGGUCUGACAUUCAGCGAGGCGGACAGCCAAAAGAAUUGGUUGGACCCCUCCAAGGAGAUCAAGAAGCAGAUGCGCACUGCUCCUUGGCACUUUGCCUUCUCUGUCAAGUUCUACCCUCCAGACCCCUCCCAGCUCACAGAGGACAUCACCAGGUACUACCUGUGUCUGCAGCUGACAGAUGACAUGUUGUCAGGUCGUCUGCCCUGUUCCUUCGUGACCCACGCCCUGCUGGGUUCCUACGCCGUACAGGCCGAGCUGGGAGACUAUGACACCGACGACCAUGGCCCCGACUACGUCAGCGACUUCCGCUUCGCACCCAAUCAGACGCGAGAGCUGGAGGAGAGGGUCAUGGAGCUCCAUCGUAACUACAGGGGUAUGACUCCAGCUGACGCAGAAAUCAACUUCCUGGAAAAUGCUAAGAAGCUAUCCAUGUAUGGGGUGGACCUUCAUCAUGCCAAGGUAUGCUGUUACAUAAGACAUUUUGUGAGUCUAAGUUUCUAUGUGACUGUGCAGGAUUAUUUAUUUGGUCUUUGGCUGCUCCAGGAUUCAGAAGGGAUUGACAUCAUGCUGGGCGUGUGUGCCAACGGGCUCCUGAUCUACCGCGACCGCCUGAGGAUCAACCGCUUCGCCUGGCCAAAGAUCCUUAAGAUCUCCUACAAGAGGAGCAACUUCUACAUCAAGAUCCGGCCUGGAGAGUACGAGCAGUUUGAGAGCACUAUUGGCUUCAAGCUUCCCAACCACCGGGCGGCUAAGAGACUAUGGAAGGUCUGCAUCGAGCACCACACCUUCUUCAGGUUAGUGUCUCCAGAGCCUCCUCCUAAGGGCUUCCUGGUGAUGGGCUCGAAGUUCCGCUACAGUGGGCGAACACAGGCCCAGACCCGGCAGGCCAGUGCCCUUAUAGACAGGCCCGCGCCACACUUUGAACGAUCCACCAGCAAGAGGUACCUGCUGUCCCGCAGUCUGGAUGGAGCAGAGUUCUCCCGGCCAGUGUCGGCCAUGUGUGAGAACCAGGAUGGUCUGUCCCGGCACUGCGUCAGUGAACACCCCCACCUCCACAGCCCCUCUGGGGACGAACAGGAGACUGAACUGGAACCACCCAGUCUGGAGCAGGACCAAGAGGACCAUGAGGAGGAUCAGGAUGAGGAACGGGAUCCUGAGGAAGACCAGGACCAAGAGGAGGCGGGUGUCACCACCCCCAGCAAGAAGAAGGAGAUCAAGGAGGAUGCUGGGUCCCCACUUGACAAUAUACAGGAGUUGGACCAGGAGACAACCCCUCGACACAAGGAGUUUUUGGAUAAGUCGGAGGAUGUCUUAUUGAAGCACCAGGCCAGUAUCAAUGAGCUGAAGAAAGCUCUGAGGGGGCCCAACAGCAAGCUGACGAACCGUGAGAAGCGUCUGUCAAGAACGUCCCCAGGCGGCACACCCGAGAGGAAGGCUGUGGGGGGCAAGGACCCAGUAAACAGCUUCUCUGUAGAGGGCUUCUUCCAGAAGACUUUGGUGACUUCCCCAGAGGGCUCUGAGGAGUGGGUAUUGAUUGAGAAACAAGACACUUAUCAACAGAACCGUGACUGGAAGGCCGAGGAACAGAACAAAGCUUCCACCUCGCCUCCCCCAUUAGUCCCGGAUUCCUCUUGGGAAAGGAAGAAAGAACUGGAAAAAGAGACAGAAGUAGCCAAGAUGAUUCAUGUCGAGGCUACAGGGGAGGAUGGGCCAGAAAUGAUAACAGAUAUUGAUAACUUUCCUUUGCCCAAAACCACAAGGGAAGCCCAUGAUGAAUGUUCUGAACCGCGGCUGACUAGCAACAGCCGGUUCAUGGUGGAAUUAGCUGAAACCACUGAAUCUUCUGAUGAUGAUACACAGUGGAAAGUACCUCCAGCAGAUGACUCUGGUGCAAAGAAUGACAUAGUCUCAGACCCAGACCCAGUAUCAACCCCAGUCCCAUUCCGAGACUCUAAGAAGGAUCAUCAACCCCACAGACACAGACAAAAGAAGAGACCUAAUAGUUUAAACCUGGGAAUGUCAACAGAAUUCGUCUAUGAGAAAGAGGGCGCCGGCUCGAACGGCGAAGAAGACAAUGAGGGAUCAGACUGGGAGGACAGUCCUACAGAGAAGACAAAGGUGGGACUAAUAGACCGCCCUGAAGACAGAACAACGAGAGAGGAGCCAGACGACCAGUGUUGGGGGACGAGUGUGCUGAUGAAAGAUGAGGAGAGAUCACCAGAGGCAAAAUGGACGGAGAAAGUGGUGUCUGCCGCUGUGUGUGAAGAUAACAAGAUGGACCACAUUACGUCAAUAGGAGAAGACAAGGAGACUCUGGGAAGUGCUGUGGAUGAUCCGGCAGGGUGUGAUGAAAACGACCAGGCUAUGAGCUUCAUCACCGAUGAAGUCCAGCCAGCAGAUGAAGUGCUGGGCUCUGUCAACGGUCCUGAUAAGAAAGAAUGGGAUAGUUUAGCAGAACAGGUUAAAGAGUUUGAUCGUAGAGAGAAGAGCAUGACUGACAAUAAAGAACACAUAGCAGAGGUCAAACUGAGGGUGGUCAAGACCCAUGAGCGAAAAGCCAGUAACUCUGGGGGGGAGGACAUGGAAGGUCUCAUGUCAGAGGUCAGGGGUCAGAGAAGGUCUUUUCAAAGACUAUCAGGCAGCAGUCAGUCAGAAAUAACUAGGAUCGUUCCUCUCAAACCCGAAAGGUCAAAGAGCUUAGCAUGCAAAGAUGAGCAGGACAAAGGGAGUCAGGAGACUGAGUCUGAGCUGAUUGGAGUUUUUAGAAGAGAGUACAGAUGGUCAGGGGGUUUGUCAGAGGGACCCUCAGACAUCAACCGGAACGACGCACCCACCUUUCAUCCAACAUUCACCCUGCCUACAUCAUUCAUAACAACCAACACUAGUCCAGCAAGACGGACUCACUCCCCAACCACGUCACACAGAGAAGCCACACAGAUACAGGGCAGCUUCUGGGGUCUGGAAGGCUUGACGAGAGUCGAGGCUAAAACUGAAGAGCUGGUCCAGGAACAGAGCAGCACUGCCUGUGACGAUCCCUUUCAGGUGGCUAGAGAAGCCAUAGAGAGUAAUCAGCUUCUCAGCUUUAAGGCCUCAGUUCCAGCUCCAGCUUCAGCGAUUCCCAGAACAGCACCUCCUGCCCCUCCAGUGAAAACACGGAAAGCCAGAGAGUCUGGACUCAUACUCCGGAACAUCAACCGCAAUGCUAGCAGGGAGCCUGGCCUGGAUGCUGCCAAGAAGAGACACUCGGAGCCUCUCUCCACUCUUGCCAUUUAUGAAGAUACAGUAGAUGAUGCCAAGAGGGAAAACUGGGAGAGGAGGCCUCGGCCGGGCUCCACCUCGGAGGAAGACCACGAGCGUGACACGGUGGUCUUCAUGAAAGAGACCCAGUUGGGCAUUGAGAGGAAGUGCUCCAGCAUAACGGUCAGCUCCACGUCUAGCCUGGAGGCUGAGGUGGACUUCACCGUCAUCAUGGACCUCCACACGGGCGUGGAGGAUUUCUCCAAGGGCCUGUCUGAGCUGGGGGAGAAGGAGCGGUUGCCUGAACGGUUGCCCGAGGUGGGCCGGGACGACUUUGAGGAGACCUCCAGGUUCUAUUCGGCCCGUCUCAUGGGCUCCCAUGACAUGUCCGCUGUAGAGGAGAUGCCCCCUGUGCACCGUGAGGAACGUGUGCGCCAUGAGCCCCCAGUAGCCAGGAAAGACCCCAGUGCUGUUAGCGCUGCCCAGAUGCUGAGGAAGGCCGACACUAAGAUGGAGACACACACCAAUGGGUCAGAGGUCACCAGCACCAACAUCAUGGACAUGUCCGAGCAGCAAAUGGAGGCUGACAUCAACUGUAACGAGACAAAGGUCUCCAGCAGCACUGACGUGGCUAAGCCACCAGAGGGCGACCUGAACCAGAACCAGGAAGUUGGCAGUAGGAAGGAAGUUCCUCUCCCCAGUAUAGAAAAUGGCUCCCAUGUGAAGGCGGGCACCCUGGGGAGAGAGGCCGUAGUGUCCCCGCUGACAGUCACCGCCGACAAUGUCACCUCAGCAACCACAACUCAAGUUACCAAGACAGUGAAAGGUGGCUACUCCGAGACCAGGAUUGAGAAAAGGAUCAUCAUCACAGGAGACGAUGAUGUGGACCAACAUCAGGCCCUCGCCAUGGCGAUACAGGAGGCUAAGCAGCAACACCCUGACAUGCUGGUGACAAAAGCAGUGGUUGUCAGGGAAACAGAGUCUCCCGCUAAGGAGCAACAUAGGAAAUCGGAGUCCUGAUAUCUCAUGGUGGUUCCUGGGAGUGGGGUCAGGAGCCCAUCAACUCCCUGACUCUCCCCACUCCACCGUUGCAAGAGGACUACAGUAACCUACCCACAGUGUAUACUACAAUACAAUAGACAGCUCUCCUUGAAAUAAUCUCUGUCUCCUCUACAACAAUAUACGCCUCCUCUCCUGUCCCUUUAGCCAGAACCGACUGUGAUGCCGCCUCUGACUCACCCUCACCCACCAACCACUCUUCCUCUGGAAAAUGCCAUAGAAAAUGCAUAGUGUUCGUACAGUAGACCCCCAUGAGGUCUAACUCAUGGUUUGUGAAGAAUAGGGCUACAGAUGUAGGAUCUUAAUUGUGUGUGUGUGUGUGCGCGUGCGUAAUGAAGAUCCUACACCUGUAUUUGGUCGUGAAUAGGGCUGUUUAGCUCGGGGAUCGUGAGAGAUCAGUAUAAUGGUUCUGGUAUUCUACAUCCCCAGACAGACUCUGUAUGUACAGUACAAACAUAAUGGCAUGUUAAUGGUUCAUCACCCCCGAUCAGCAUAGUUCAAUGAAAUUAUUAGCGACGACGAUGUAAUCCACAAAAAAAUCUGAUUGACCUUUCCCCAGAACACAUUGACUUACCUGUAAGUACUGGUCAUUUAUUCUUAAGGAACUCAAUAGCCCACCCCCACAAAUUGCUGUAAUAUAUGGUCACCGUGGAGAUGCCUGCUCUGUGCUGACAUCAUGCAUGAAGCAUGGGGACUGGGUGAGUGGAGUGUGAGGAAGGGGUUUGGGGGGAGGGGUGCUCUGCAGGGGCCAGUAGUGAGGGUCAGCCUUUAAUGCUUGUUGUCACCAGCGUGACACAUAUAGUCAACAGCUGUCUUACUAGCUUUUUAAACAUUUUUAACAAUAGAACAAUCUAAUUUAAAGUCCAGUGUUUGCUUAUUUUCUGAAUAUAAAUAAAAAUGUGUCGAUUUAGCGUCUCAUACUCACAUGCAUGAUUCUAAGUAGUCGAGGGAAUGAACGAUACGAUACAGAGCUGUCGUUGAACUGACGUCCACAGGAAGUGCUCAAGAAGGAUUCUGUGGAAUAUACUUCUGCAACGUGUAGACACUGCAUGUCCAGCAAAGGUGAUUGGCCUAUACUGAUAGGAGAGUCAACUGAAGAAAUACGUGGACAGACACUUCUACAACAUCAAGAGACUAUGAGUUGGGACUCCGCUUGGCAUUCAGGGUGCAUUACUACUACUACAGGCUCUGACGCUCGUUCUCUGGAUUAAUACAAACAGAAUCCUUCCACACCCCCUUCUGUGCUCCUCUCCUCAUCCUGUUCUCCUUCAGUCAUCAUACUGUUAUACUUUCAGUCGCAAAUGCUGGUCACGUAGUGCAAAAGUCAAAUCAUACCCAUUUCCCCAUGUAGUGCACUACUUUGGUCAAAACUAGUACACUCUACAGGGAAAAAGGCAUCAUUUGAGACAAAGCUAUAGUCUGGUCAAAUGAGCAGUUUUUAAUAUAAUGUUUUACAGUAUCUAAUUAUUUUAUGAAGUGUGAGGAUAUGUUUGAUUUGAUUUUUUUUUACUUUCGUUUUUAAGUUAUGGUGUAUGAGUUCAACAUUUGUAUUUAUAAGAGUGGUGGUGAAUGUGAGCCGGCGGGUUUCUUGCCUUCCCUAAAAAUGAUUAUUACGUGUGUGAUUCCUUUUUCUGUACCUUCACAGACAAAGCCUGGAUUCAUAGUGUGACACGUUUAAGGCCAAACUCCAUCAUCUUCGACAGAUAGACAGGCGGGGAACCUGUUUCAGAACACCUAGCAAGGCCUCCAUAGCCCUGCCUGGCCAAAUCUGUAUACGUGGCCAAAUCUGUAUACUCUCUGGAUAAUAACUCUAAAGCUAUAUUCAACAGCUGCAUAUACAUUCGUCAGUCAGUCAGUCUGUCUGAGAAAUCAACAAAAACUAUGCUGGAACAAACUGUUGAAUAAAUACUAUGCAUUGUUCCCUGUGUGGACUAACUUUGAAAAUAUUACUGAGGAGAACCAGAUUCAUUUUUGGUGUGCCGCUCUGCUCUCAUCUCCUACAGUAUAUGAUAUUGUUUAUUACAGCGGUCAAUCUUAACUGCUUGUGAGACUUGCAAUAACUGUCUCUUUGUAGCCACCUCGCUAUUGUAAUCCAUUAUCAAUCUAUUUAAAAGAGAACUGUGAACUCUUAUGCAUAUAAAAAGCACUACCAAAACGUUCCAAGAUGGAGUUGAAUCUAAAAGUUGAGUUCUGCCACCGUGUUCCCAUGGCUUUGUUACCGUGCUUGGCAUAAUUACUCCACUCUCACUUCACCCUGAAGUAACGGAGAAGAUCCUUUGAACUUUGUCUUAACUGCUGUAAAGUUCAGUCUCUGUGAAACAGAGUCCCUAACAGUUAUUUUGUAUAUUUUAUUUCAUUUUAUCUGGUCAAAUGACACUGGAUUCAUGUUAAGGCACUUGCUUGCAGCGAUAGGCAGCAACGAUAUUGUUAGAAAUGUGUGUUUUUUCUAUACUGGACACACACCUUUGAAAAUUAUUACUUGCUGUACAGUAUAGACAUUGAGGAAGAAGUUGCUCUGUAUAGCUGAUGUGCUGUUUUGAAGGGUGGGAGGCAUAUUGUAUGUAUGAACAUAAAUACUUCUAUGUGUGCAUUUCGUUACAAAUAUACUGGAAGAGUGGUAUGAGGUUGUGCACAUUUUGUAGUAGAGGAUUCACAAAUGUGCAAUGUUAAGACUACAGACUACGUGUAAGUACUAAUGCAGUGCACUUGUUAUACUGAUGAUGGGUGCCUUACUGUUGGAGUCACUGCCACUGGAAACCAUGGAAGUAAUUAUUUAGCCUACCAGUGUGAUCUACUGACAUUUCAGCCAUCCACUCUCCAUGUGGUUUUGAGGUCAUAACCUCAUAAGGUCCAAUAGAAGAACUGCGUAAAUCUAUAUAUUAGCUAUGAUACACUGUUUCAGUGGUAGGAAUAAUACGAAUUGGAACAAAAAUAUAUUGAAGAGCAGAAGGAUUACAAACAGUCACAGGCCCCAAUAGGACAGAACUAACUGGCUGAUUCCAUAGGCUCACAUAAGGCACUGUCCACCCCACUCUUCCUCUUCCACCCUUCAAUUCACCUCAACCUGUUUGUUCUACAUCCCCCCUAGUGCUUGGUGGUUUGUGUUUGCUGUAUUUGCGUUCAGUCUAAAUGGAAAACAUACAUACGUAAAUAAAUAAAUGUCUCAAUGCUA